UAAAAAAGAUAUAUCACAGUAGGGCCCACGGGACUUUGACACCAGCUAGCUGGUGGGUAUUCGGGUCGCCGGCCCAAACCGCCUCCCCUGCUUGACUAUUUAUCAACGCGGAGACUUUUGUUGCACGCAUCAUUCGCUGAUAACUCAUAGCAAAUAUCCCAUCUUACGAGCAAAGGUUAGAAAGAUUUUGAAUCGCUAGAUUUUUCCAAUUUGGUCCAUCCAAAGGAUUCCAUCUCCACGGGAAAGUUACGAACGUUUCUUCUCCUCUUUCCCUUCUUUCUUUUUUACCACUUUUUCACGUUCCCCAUACUUAGCUACUUUAUUUUCAGAUGACUUCUUCUUUUACUGAAAUGGGCCAAAUUCUAUGAUAGAAAUGCAGUAUAAAAAUAACAAAAUACAAUAACGGAUUAUCUUAAGCCAUCCCAGCUAUGACCUUCAAAGGCCCCUCUCCCCAAUUAAUUUCUGUUUUUAAAUCCUUCUCUGUUUUUCCCUGUAUUGAUGGUUCUCUUGAAAAUUGGAACUAGAUCUAAGCCAUUCUGAUUGACAUAUGAUAUCUGAUUUCACUCAUUCUAGAUCUAAAUCAUGUAUUUUGUUAUCUUGCAUAUCCUUCCUCUAAAGACAUGUAUAUUGUAUCCUUGUUUCUUCAAUUUGUACAAGUGACCUCAUGGAUGGAUCUUGCUUUAAAGUCUCAAUUGUAUGAUCAUGACCCCUUGAUUGGUGGUCCUGAUGGUCAAGCCAAGGUCCUUAGAUGCGAUAGGCACUUGAUAACCUUAUCAAAUUCAGGUCUGGGUCAUCAAAAGAUGGUACCUGAACCUGAAAUGGGUCCCGAUUGGACCCUAACCCACACCCAUUGAAUUAUCUUCUUCAUGGGAUUGGUUAACCUUUUCUUAGUGUGGACCAUUGGCAAAGUUAUGCAUAUGGAGUUUACUAGUUUGAAAAUUUAAAAUCAUUCAAUAAAAGUGAUUAUCCUAGUAGAAUCUUCUUGAUGGCCCCCAUAUUAGUGAAAGGUGGAUCAAAACCUGCAUGUUUUGCUUGAUUGAAAAUCAUAUGAUACUUGCAUUUUGAGAGUUUUGGGACAAGAAAAUGUGUGGUAACUUGGAGCUUUUUGAUUGUACAAGCGGGAAACAUGGUUCGUAAUUAACUAAGACCUGUGAUUUUGGCCUGCUCUGAUUGGACCAUGCCCCAAUUAUCUUCACGAUGGGACAAUUCUAUCCCGAUUCUAACUCUUCAAUGUGUCCCCUGUGAGUAGACAAUAAGGAAGAAAGCAUUGCAACAAGCACCCAACUCAAUAGGAAAACAGCUAAACGUUGGAUUGGUAGGAUUCUCUAAUCUCGGCAAAUUUUAAGGCGUGUUUCAUCCACCAUGAGGCCCAUGAGGUCCUUUUCCUCAAAAACAAGAUCAUGCUCCUCACUUGUUUAAGUAAAUACAAAGGGAAAUUGUGAAUAAUUACUAUAGAAUUGAGAUUAGGUCAAAAGUAAACAAUUAAGUAGACAAGAGUUUGGCUCCUUUCUUUUCUAAACAUGCAUGUAAAAGUUAUUUGUCUUGAACUUCUUAAGCAUAACAACAUUUCUCUUGUUAUAAAUUUUCAGUUCAUUACAACACAUCCAAAUGAUGUCUAUGAACAAGAUGCCAGUGCUCUGUAAAUUUGGGGGUGACUUCAUUUGGGAAUCAAAUAAGGUUUAUUACAAGGGAGGCACAAAUCACAUCGUUCAUGUCGAUCCAGGGAUUGAUUACAUCAAUCUUGUAUCCAAAGUGCAUGGGACUUGCAAGUUUAAUAACAUUAGCAGUAUCAAGUACAAAUAUCCUGGUCUAGAUUUGGAUUCACUUGUGUCGAUUGAGAAUGAUGAUGACGUAUCCAAUAUGAUGGAAGCAUUUCCUCAAAGCAGUGAGCCUAUUCAGCUCUUCAUUUUUUGUGGCCAAAACCUUUCAAUCCCCACUGUGAAUUCCAGUUUUCUGAUGCAGAAUGCCGAUAAUGAAAAUGAUCAAGCAUCAUUGCGGGGUUUGCAUGAAAGCAAUGGAACACUUGCACCUUCCUCACGUAAUACUACUGUCAAUAACAAUGAUGUUCCAAGUGCAUCAAAUGAUUUACGUAAAGUGGACAGCUUGUUGAUGGAUAAUCAAGAAUUACAUUACAGGGUGGUUGAUACUUGUGUUAAUGACAUGCCGAAAAAUAUUUCAGUUUUAAAAGAAUGCCAGGAAUUUGAAGAUGCAAAUGCGUUCCACAAGGCUUUAAGGGAGUAUGCCAUACGUUCAAAUUUUGAAUACAAGUGAACUAGGUCGGGCGGUGGCCGUUAUCAGGCGAAAUGCAUUAAAGACAAUUGCUCAUGGCGCAUACAUGCAUGUAAGCUUCCUGACAAGCUUACAUUCAAGAUAAAAUCCCUGAAGGGAAACCAUACUUGUUAUGCUAUGAAUGAGUUAACAAUGUCAAAUAAAAGAACGCAUUGACAGGCCAGUAGGAAAUGGAUUGCUACUUUAGUCAAGGAUGGAUUCCAGAAAGAUUUGUGUUGUACACCCAAGGAUAUUGUUGACAAGAUAAUGUAAGAAUUUGGGAUUAAAGUAAGCUAUGAUAAAGCUUGGAGGGGUAAAGAGUUGGCCCUAAAAGAGAUAGCACUGGAACAAUAUGUUCCAAAUCUUAGUAUGCUUUGUAAAGACAUUGAGAUGACAAAUCCAGGAAGCACAGCAAAGCUUAGCAGGUCAUCGGACAACUCCUUGAGACUUUUUGUUGCAUAUAAGGCUGCCAUUCAUGGUUUCAAGCAAGCAUGCCGACCAGUUUUAAGGCUUGAUUAUUUGAAGAUAGAAGGAAAAUGCCG